UCAGUGACUGAAGAGGAUGAUACUCUCCUGAAUCUCUCCGCUCACGACCCCCCCACCCCCUUCAUCCUCCUCACUGUCCUCUUCCACACACAUCGCCUCAGUCAUGAACCACACACCCAGCCCCCACCUGUCUGAGGGCGGCAAGUCGGCCGGAGGCGGCCUGCUGUGCAGCCUCGGUCUGGGGUCUGACAGGGGGAUCCGCUCCCCGGACAGCCUCACCCAUACCCCCAGCCCUACCGGAGGAACCCCCAGCUCCAGCCCUCCGCUGCUGCUGUCGCCUGGGCUGGGAGGCCUCGGGCUGGGAUCCUUGGGGGCCAUGGGCGAUGUAGCCGGGGCCGACUGGGAGAGCAGAGAGGAGCUGAGGCUCAGGGAGCUGGAGGAGGCUCGGGCCAGGGCGGCCCAGAUGGAGAAGACCAUGAGGUGGUGGUCAGACUGCACGGCCAACUGGAGAGAGAAGUGGAGCAAGGUUCGUGCGGAGCGUAACCGUGCACGCGACGAAGUCCGUCAGCUGAGGCAGCGGCUGGACACCCUCACCAAGGAACUGACCAGUGUUCGGCGGGAGCGUCAGGAACUGGCCUCAGAGAACGAGACACUACGGCAGGAGGCGCUGCGUCUCCACGGCGACCACGCCACUCCUCUCGCAGCCACCACCACCGCUUCUCCUUCUUCCUCCCCGGCCCACCCGCCUCGCGGUGCUUCUUCCUCCUCCUCUCCAUCCAUCCCUCCCUCCUCCCCGGCCUCCUCCACCUCCUCCACUCAGGUCCACACUGAAUGUAAGCUGGACCGGGUGGCAGAGGGACCACCUGGGUCUCCAGAACCAGAACCUGUGAGGGACGUGGACUUGGACACAGAAACGAUGGGUCAACAAAAGGACUUGGAGCUGCUAGAGUCAGUUCUGCAUUCAAGGGCCCAGGGCAGUGACGCUCAGGAGGCCUGGGAGAGUCGCAGUGGUAGCGGCAGUAUUAACCCGGCUGGCUCACGCUCGUUCUGCGGUCUGAGCCGACAGGAACGCAGCAGGCAGCUGUGGGAUGACAUGAGCACUGCAGAGGAAGACUCCAGCAAACUCAACGCCCUGCAGCUUCGUCUGGACGAGUCCCAGAAAGUCCUGCUGAAAGAGAGAGAAGACAAGCUCGCUCUGAGUAGGAGCAUUGAGAGGCUGGAGGCUGAACUCAGUCAGUGGAAACUUAAAUAUGAGGAGCUCAGCAAGAGCAAACAGGAGGCCCUCAAACAGCUGAACCUGCUAAAGGAAAUGCACCAGGAUGAACUAGGUCGCAUAUCUGAAGACCUGGAAGAUGAGCUGGGAGCCCGGACCAGUAUGGACAAGAAGCUAGCUGAACUUCGAGCUGAGAUGGAGAGGUUGCAGGUGGAGAAUGCUGCAGAGUGGGGUCGCAGGGAGCGUUUGGAGACAGAGAAACUGGCACUGGAGAGGGACAACAAGAAGCUGAGGGCCCAGGCUGAAGACCUGGAGGAGCAACUGGCCAAGAAACGUCGGCAGGCCGCCUCUGCACUCGACACCGACCUCAAGGCCAUCCAGACUGAGCUGUUCGAGAGAAACAAGGAGCUGGCCGACCUUCGCCAUGUUCACUCUAAACUGAAGAAGCAGUUCCAGGAGAAGACGGCCGAGCUUGCCCACGCCAACCGGAGGGUGGACAGCCACGAGGCCGAAGUCAAAAAGCUGCGACUGCGGGUAGAAGAGCUCAAGAAAGAGUUAGGACAGGCUGAGGAUGAGCUGGAUGAGUCCCAUAACCAGACGAGGAAGCUGCAGAGGUCUUUGGAUGAGCAGGUCGAGCAGACUGAGAACCUGCAGGUCCAAUUGGAACACUUACAGUCCAGACUGCGGCGGCAGCAGCAGAAUCCUGGUCUGUUUGGGAAGAUGCGAUCGGCUCGGUUCAGCCCUGAAAACCCAGAGGGCCCGACCAGCGACAUGGACGAAGAGGAAGAGGAACUGCAGCUCCAAAUCCCAUGACACACACACACACACACACACACACACACACACACACACACACGGUAAAUGCAUACAGUGAUACAGGAUAUCAUUUUACACAAACAUCAGCAGUCACAUAAAGGAGGUGAAUAUUGUUGCUGUUGGGGGGGAAACUUUGUUUCCUCAAAAACACAACUUUUCACAGCCGCAGGAAACAGCCAUGUUUUGCUCAAACAUCAAGUUUUGAAAGAAUGACAUUUUGGGAAAUAUUUUACCCAGAGUCAGAUCAGAUGAUCAGUAUCACUUUUAUCUCAGUACAUCCAGUACAGACAGAUCCUGGUUGAGAUUGACCCAAACAGUAAAGUUAUGACUGUAAAAACCAAAAUAAUGAGCUCAAGAGGUUAAAACGCUCAGUAGAGCUGAGGUGAACUGCAGAGUUUGAGAUAAUUCUCUGUGUGUUUUUUACUAUUAGCGACACCUUUCAUAUUGAAUAUGGUCAUUUGAUCCAGUGUUCAUCAUAAGUCCAGCUGCUGAAAACACCUGCACCCAUGGAACAGAUGUCCCAGUGAUGCAUGAAUAAUGAUGUGCACCUUUUGCAGUUUAUGUAGCGUUGAUUCUUUCCUGCGAUCAGUCAAUUGAUUAGUCAUUAACCUUGUUAGUCCAUAAUUGACUUAGCCUAGCUUAGGUCAAAAAUGUGAAGCAGUUUUUACAGGUGUAUUUUGUCACUUUUGAUGGAGAUAGGCUAGCAGUUUGCCCCCUGCUUCCACUCUUUGUGCUAAGCUAGGCUACACACAUCCUGGAUUCAUUAUCAGUUAAAACAUGAAAACAUUGAUGUGACAAAGUUCCCACCUAACAGCAAUAUGAUAAGCACACACCUAAUCAUUACACAGAACAUACACAGUUCUACACACACACCCAGACAUACUGGCAUAGACACACAGCAGCAAGAUCAAACCCAGCAGGAGUGUGAUGGAUAUUCAAACAGGAUGGCUGGACAGUGUAAUGCUGAAUGAAAGGAUCUUUCUUCAAUGAACUUAUUGAUGAACUUCCACCAAACCACUCUAGCAGAGGCCGACACCUACCAUCUUUUCAGUGUACUCACUCACUCUUACCUCACAUCAUCACAAGCAUCACAGCUGUCCCGUCUGAACUGUGCUACUCUACUAAAACAAGCCUCAACCCCACAUCUACAUCAGCAGUAUUAACCCCGCUCUGUUCCUGAUGCUCUCCCCAGCUGUCAGCUAUGUCCCUAUGAGCUUCAAGGUGUUUAUUGAUAUAUCACAAGGAAAUAUCAAUCACUUAAACAAUUGACAUGUUGUUAAAAUGGUCUGCCACAUUUUAAGCAGUAUUUGUAAGUAUUUUUCUCCCAAAUAUUGAGGAUUCACCAUUUCUGAUAUCUUUCAAGUUCACAACCAAUGCUGGGGGCACACUGCACAGUGUUUAGCCUGAGUAUAGCUACAAGUUGGAUAGAAUUACAACCACUCCCCAUUCACAGCCCACUCAAACUGAGAAAACCUGCUCCAGUUUGUCCAAUAGUACAUUUGUUGAACUCUGCCCUUCAGGUGCAAAAACGUUCACAAUUUAUUUGACUUUUUUCUUUUUUCUUUUUUUUUUUUUUUUUACAAUAAAAAGACUGUAACAU